AUUUCUCCCUUAAAAGUUAAAACCUUUAUCCUCUAUUUCUAAAGGAACAAAAAUGGCAUUUUUGAGUAGUAUGAAGCUGCCAUUGAUGCCUGUUAUCUCUUUGAAUUCUAGCAGGAAUCCAAAGCCUACCCAUUGCACAUCUCUUCAAUUACAGGCUAUAACAGCAGAUGCUGGGAUUGAAUGUGAGCCUUGUGAAGGAAGAGGAUGGUUGCUUUGUGAUUUCUGUAAAGGUCAAAAGACAAAUGUAAAAUCUGAAACAAAUCGGAUCUAUCGUAGAUGCCCAUCUUGCAGAGCGGUUGGGUAUGUGUUGUGUCCCAAGUGCAAGGUAUUCAAAUGUGUUACUUUUCCUGACCAAAGUGAUGUGGAAAGCUCAAGAUGAUUAAAAAGGUUGUUAAGAAUUGAAUGGCUUGAUUUACCAUGUCGGUUUUAUCAUCCUUGUAAACAAAUCUCGGUUUUUAAAGUUACUAUUGCCACUUAUUUCGUUGGCGUUCGAAGUAAUUUUGCAGUAUACGCAAACUAAUGUGCAACUCAAUGAUGGUGUUUUAUUUUGACUU